ACUAUUUAAGUCGGUUCGCUUUGUAAUUGAUCCCCUUUUGACAUUUCUCGGACUCUAAAAGAUCGAUUGACUGCGAGAACAUGGCGAAACCCUCGAGAGCGAAGUCGUCGUCGUCGGAGUCUCUGUCGGACGGCUCGGAUGACGAGCGGCCCAACGAUCAAGUCAACGAGGAGGAAGACGAGGAGGAGCUCGAGGCCGUCGCCAGAACUGCUGAGGACUACGACGAGGAGGAAGAAGACGACAACGACGAGGCCACAGCAGCUGGCGACGAAGAGGUUGAGGAAGAGAAUGCUGCAGCUAAUGAAAUUGGAAAGCGUGAGAAGGCCAGAUUGAAAGAGAUGCAGAAGCUUAAAAAGCAGAAGAUACAAGACAUAUUGGAUGCUCAAAAUGCAGCUAUUGAUGCUGACAUGAACAACAAGGGGAAGGGACGAUUGAAGUAUCUCCUUCAGCAAACCGAGAUAUUCUCUCAUUUUGCAAGCGGUGAUCAGUCUACUUCCCAGAAGACAAAGGGCAGGGGUCGCCAUGCUUCAAGAGUAACUGAAGAGGAAGAGGAUGAAGAAUAUCUCAAAGAGGAAGAAGAUGGGCUGGGAAAUACACGACUCGUGGCACAACCAUCUUGUAUUCAAGGAAAGAUGAGAGAUUACCAACUUGCUGGGUUGAACUGGCUUAUACGCCUUUAUGAAAAUGGAAUAAAUGGGAUACUUGCUGAUGAAAUGGGGCUUGGCAAGACAUUACAAACAAUCUCUUUACUGGGAUACCUACAUGAGUUUAGAGGAAUAACUGGCCCUCACAUGGUUGUUGCUCCCAAAUCUACUCUUGGCAACUGGAUGAAUGAAAUAAAACGGUUUUGCCCAGUUUUGCGUGCUGUCAAAUUUCUUGGAAAUCCAGAUGAAAGAAGAUAUAUACGCGAAGAGUUGCUUGUUGCUGGGAAGUUUGAUGUAUGUGUCACUAGUUUUGAAAUGGCCAUUAAGGAGAAGACUGCUCUUCGUCGCUUUAGUUGGCGUUACAUUAUAAUUGAUGAAGCUCAUCGUAUCAAGAAUGAAAAUUCUCUCCUAUCAAAGACCAUGAGACUUUAUAAUACUAAUUAUCGACUUCUUAUAACGGGAACACCACUUCAGAAUAAUCUUCAUGAACUUUGGGCUCUCCUUAAUUUCUUGCUUCCAGAGAUCUUUAGCUCGGCAGAAACUUUUGAUGAAUGGUUCCAAAUUUCUGGUGACAAUGACCAGCAAGAGGUUGUCCAACAGCUUCACAAGGUCCUUCGACCAUUUCUUCUCAGGAGGCUGAAGUCUGAUGUUGAGAAAGGUCUUCCUCCCAAGAAGGAAACUAUCCUAAAGGUUGGCAUGUCCCAGAUGCAGAAGCAGUAUUAUAAGGCUUUGUUGCAGAAAGAUCUUGAGGUUGUAAAUUCUGGUGGAGAACGCAAGCGCCUUUUGAAUAUUGCUAUGCAGCUCCGUAAAUGCUGCAAUCAUCCCUAUCUUUUCCAAGGUGCUGAGCCUGGACCUCCUUACACUACAGGAGAGCAUCUGAUAGAGAAUGCUGGAAAAAUGGUUCUUCUGGACAAGCUGCUUCCAAAGCUAAAGGAGCGUGGUUCAAGGGUGUUAAUAUUUUCACAGAUGACCCGGCUUUUGGACAUCCUUGAAGACUAUUUGAUGUACCGUGGUCAUCUAUAUUGUCGGAUUGAUGGAAAUACUGGUGGGGAGGAUCGUGAUGCAUCUAUUGAAGCCUUUAACAAGCCAGGAAGUGAGAAAUUUGCUUUCUUGUUAUCAACUAGGGCUGGGGGUCUUGGAAUAAAUUUGGCUACAGCAGACAUUGUGAUUCUUUAUGAUAGUGAUUGGAAUCCACAGGUUGAUUUGCAGGCUCAGGACCGUGCACACAGGAUUGGUCAGAAGAAGGAAGUCCAAGUCUUCCGUUUUUGCACUGAGUAUACUAUUGAAGAAAAGGUUAUUGAAAGAGCUUAUAAGAAACUUGCACUUGAUGCUUUGGUUAUCCAGCAAGGUCGGCUUGCUGAACAAAAAACUGUAAAUAAGGAUGAGCUGCUGCAGAUGGUGAGGUUUGGUGCCGAGAUGGUCUUUAGUUCCAAAGAUAGCACAAUUACAGAUGAGGACAUAGAUAGGAUCAUAGCUAAAGGAGAGGAAGCAACGGCUGAACUAGAUGCGAAGAUGAAGAAGUUUACGGAAGAUGCUAUCAAGUUUAAGAUGGAUGACACUGCUGAUCUGUAUGACUUCGAUGAUGAAAAGGAUGAAAAUAAGGUUGAUUUUAAGAAGAUUGUCAGUGAAAACUGGAUUGAGCCACCAAAACGAGAACGGAAGCGCAAUUACUCUGAGUCAGAUUACUUCAAGCAAACAAUGCGCCAAAGUGGUCCUGCAAAACCCAAAGAACCUCGAAUUCCCCGAAUGCCUCAGCUGCAUGACUUUCAGUUCUUUAACACACAGAGACUGAGUGAGUUGUAUGAGAAAGAAGUUCGCUACCUCAUGCAAACACACCAAAAGAAUCAACUGAAAGACACAAUAGAGAUGGAGGAAUCAGAAGAUGUGGGAGAACCAUUAACUGCUGAAGAACAGGAAGAAAAGGAGCGACUCUUGGAAGAGGGGUUUUCCACAUGGAGCAGAAGAGACUUCAAUACUUUCAUCAGGGCUUGUGAGAAAUAUGGUCGCAAUGACAUAAAGGGUAUUGCUAUAGAAAUGGAAGGGAAAACAGAGGAAGAAGUUGAAAGAUAUGCAAAAGUUUUCAAAGAGAGAUACAAAGAAUUAAAUGAUUAUGAUAGGAUCAUCAAGAACAUUGAGAGGGGAGAGGCCAGAAUUUCACGUAGAGAUGAGAUCAUGAAAGCAAUAGGGAAAAAAUUGGAUCGUUACAAGAACCCAUGGCUUGAGUUGAAAAUCCAGUAUGGUCAGAACAAGGGCAAAUUGUAUAAUGAGGAAUGUGAUCGAUUUAUGAUAUGCAUGGUUCACAAGCUUGGAUAUGGAAACUGGGAUGAGCUGAAAGCUGCAUUUCGCACAUCACCUUUGUUUCGCUUUGACUGGUUUGUGAAGUCGCGUACCACCCAGGAAUUGGCUAGGAGAUGUGAUACACUUAUUCGGUUGAUUGAAAGGGAAAACCAAGAAUUUGAUGAGAGGGAGAGACAGGCCCGGAAAGAAAAGAAACUUGCGAAGAAUUCAACUCCAUCUAAGCGUGCUCUGGCAAGGCAGGCUGCUGAGAGCCCUCCUCAAAAGAAAAAGAAGCAAUUAACCAUGGAUGAUUAUGCUGGAUCGGGAAAGAAGAGGAAAUAAUGGUAUGGUUCAGAUUGUGUAAUGAUAAUUUGAUUAACCAGGCGUUCUUGGCUUCUGAGAAUUACGGAAGCUGUUAUCUGACUAGUCUGAGAACGACCUUCAAAUGCUAAGCUUGUAGACUUGUAGUAUUGUAGUAUUCGGUAUUUGUUUAGUAGAUUGUACAAAUGUAUACAGACAGGGUUGAGGUGUAAACUGUAGAAAGACUAAUACUAAUGCUAUCCGCUCUUCAUUUUA